GCCCACCACCUCGGGGGACUGGGCCCAUAUACAGUGCGCGCUUUGGCUCCCCGACGUCACUUUCACACAGCCCGACAAGCUGGAGCUGAUUGACUACUCCCGCAUGGCCCCUGCGCGUCGCACCCUCAAGUGCAUGAUCUGUCAGGAGAAGAAGGCGGGCCCUUGCGUCCAGUGCCCCGUAGGCAAGUGCCACAUCUCCUUUCACCCCUGGUGCCUCCUCUACAAGGAGCACCCAGACAUCUACGUACCGCCCGGGGAGUACGAGGCCUACUGCAAGAAGCAUUCCCCGCCUGUGACAGUAAGGAAGCCGCAGGUGGUCAUGCGGGUCUUUGAGUUUUCGCACGGGAAGGGAGGAAGGGG